AUGGCAUGGGUCAAUCCUGUUAGCUUGAAAGGACCUGCUGAGAUCGCCCACGGAUGGAUGCUCAUCGGUUGUGCAAUCAACAUUCUUCUCCUCGGUGUGACAUUCGCGCAAGUUUAUAUGUAUUACACGGAAUACAGGGGCGACCGCCCAUGGCUCAAAAUUCUGGUUGCUUGCGUCCUUAUAUUCGACAUCCUCAACAGCGUUGCCCUGUUCUCAUUUCUCUACCGGUCCCUUAUCACGUUCUUCGGGGACAACGAAGCACUCGCCACGGGAAGCUGGAUUCUUGCCACUGGUGCUUGGACGACAGGAGUCAUUGCCUGUGCCGUCCAAUCGUUUUUUGCCUGGCGGAUUUACAUGCUCACGAAGAAGUGGAUUUAUGUUGUGGUCAUCGGGUCUCUGGCUAUCACGGGUGCUGCUGCAGCCAUUAUAACCACCAUACAGACCGGAAUCUCUCGCCCCUUUGUUGAAUUCCUCAAUUUUAAGGCGACAGUGACGGUAUGGCUCGUCUCGGAAGUAGCAGCUGACAUCAUCAUCACAUCUGCGCUCGUGUGGUAUCUCGUAAGCAGGCUUCCGAUCAGCAGCGCAAAUCCCAAAGCUGACUUUGCUUCCGCACUAGCACAAGCACAAGACCGGUUUCGAGCGGUCGGACAUGUGACAUUACAAACGGGCCUCCUAACGAUGAUCAUUGCGUCCGUUGAUCUAUUCUUCUUCCUCUUCGACCCUUCGGGAACGCACUUUCUGUUCAAUUUUCCGCUAUCGAAGCUCUACGCCAACUCGCUGAUGAGUAGCCUGAACUCACGACGCGGGUGGAAGUUCAGCGGGAUUAGCCAUGUGGGGACGGGUACUGGGUCGGAGAGCCAAGGGAUCACGACGAGCUGGGUGCAGAGACACCUGCGGAUAUCGACGGUCCCGCGGCCGCUUGAUGAAAUCUCGCAGGUCGAGUCGCAAGAGAUGCGCGAUAUCCAGGCCAUUGAGAAAGCGCAUAGCAGACCGCGCGAGACGGUGCAUAUCCAUUCUGGUUCAGUGGAUAUGGAGAAGUGGGCCACUGGCAGGAGUCAGUGGAUAGGGUAG